UGGCUCAAGUAGCCUUCUGUAGCCUUCCCUUGCCGGACGCAAUGACACGUGCCAUGGCAUUCAGUCGCUCCAAGCGUGGCGGGCUGCUGCUGCUGCUGGGGGCGCUUUGCGCGCUGAGCUUCCAGUCAAGCGCGUUCACCAAGAUGAACGAUGCUGAACUAGAGCAGACGCCCUUCGCUCAGUUCAUUGCGGACCACGCGCUCCUGAUUUCCUUCUUGAUGAUGGCCGUGUCCGGUUCCAUUGCGUGCCUGGAAAGCUCUAGCUCCCCGUCAGCAGGGCCUGCGGAGAAGCGGGCGGACUACGUCACCUUCCUGAUGAUCCAGAACAUCUUGUGCUUUGCCUCCGGCUGGAUCAACGCGCUGACCAUCUUUGACAUGGGCAUGACGGUCAGCCACCAGAGCGGCAACACCAGCCACGCGGGCAGGCUGAUCUUGAACGGUGGCGCCAAGUUCUUCCACCUGCUGUGCGCCUUCUGCUUUGGCUCCUUCUUCGCGGGCUACAGCAAGAGCGACGCGGAGGCGCUGUACACCCAGCGGGGGUCUCCUAACAUGCUGGGUGCAGCCAUGGCGGUGGUCUUCGGGUGCCUCAUCCACUACUGCAAGGCACACAGCGCGGAAGGCUCCAACGGCGCCGCCUCGGAGGCGCUUCUGCUCUUCGCCUUCUCCCAGGGCGUCCAGAACGGGGUCACCCGCAGGUGCCAGUCGAUCCCCAUCUGCACCACGCACUUCACGGGCUACUUGACGGACGUGGGCACCGGCCUGGGCCUGUGGGCCCGGGCCAUUGUGAACGGAGAAGCGCCGCCCACGCUCCUGAAGGUGUUGCUCUUUGCCGCGGGGGUCUUCUUCUUCGGCCUGGGGGGUGUGGCGGCCAAGGAGACCUAUGAGCCCUACGGCAUGCAGGCGGCGCUGGCCCCCGCGGCCAUCAUGGCCAUCGUGGCGGGCGGCAUGAUCCCCGUGCCGACGGCGGCCAAGCAGAAGUGAACCGAGCCGGCCAGAGACGGCAGCGAAGCCGGCCCUGAGCUUGUGCGAGGUGUUGUUUCCGGAAAACCGUCCUUCAAGAAGCCAGAAAAGGAACGGGUU